GUCGCCCGCAUGCGCUCGGGGAAAAUAAAUGGACGAAGCCAGCGACAGCCGCAAACGCAUUUUCGCUUGUUAAGUGGCUGAUGGCGUCGUUAUCGGAAGAGGCGCAUUGAUGGGCGAGGAGGUGACCCUGAAUGUGGGCGGCUGCCUGUACAGCACGUCGUUGACGACACUGAGGCGUUACCCGGACUCCAUGUUGGGGGCCAUGUUUCGGGGGGAUGUGCCCACUCUGAGGGACGCCAGUGGGAACUACUUCAUCGACCGCGACGGGACGCUCUUUCAUUACAUCCUGAACUUCCUCCGCUCGUCCGAGUUGACGCUGCCGUGCGACUUCAAAGAGGUGGAGCUUCUGCGCAAGGAGGCGGACUUCUACCAGCUGGAGCCCUUGCUGCAGCGGCUGGGAGACCCCAGGGCGCCCCCGCCGCAGCUGCGACGGAGGCCGCCCCCUUCGCCCGGCUCGCACGAGCAGUUGCUGGAGCUCUGCAGCACCAGGAAGCUCUCCAAGUACUCCAACCCGGUGGCCGUCAUCAUCACGCAGCUCACCGUCACCACCAAGGUCCACAGUGUGUUGUCGUCCAUCUUGUGCAGCUUCAGCAAGUGGAACAAGCACAUGAUGGACACUGGCGACUACCAGGUAUCCUUCACCUUUGGCCCUUGCGACCACCAGCAGGAAGUCAGCCUUCGCGUACGCUUGCUGGACUUCAUCUCCAAAGCGGGUUUUAGCAUGCGCAACUCCCGCGUUCACCACAUGAGCGAGCGGGCCAACGAAAACACGGUGGAGCACCACUGGACCUUCUGCAGACGUGUAUGCAAAGCCGACGCCUGCUGAGGCCUUUCAAACGAAAACCAAAACAUUCCACGUCUAUUUGCGGCUCCGCCGCCUUGCCACCAAAACACUCAACUCAAAGAAAUAAAGUCCUUCAAAAAAA